GUUCCGCUGAUUGGACGAAGUAACUUACGUUUUCCUGCACUUAGGGAACAAGAGUACGCGGCCCGAGCCCGACGGGCGGCAUUGCGAGAAAUAUGAGGAUUCGCCCGGGAUGCGUGGCUGCACUAGUAGUGCUACUGCAAGUCGCAUUUGUGGCGAGCAAGGCAGUGGAUCAGAAUCAACUGCAGCAGCAGAAAUCUCAGCAACAAAUUCCAUAUGGCACAGCGGCACAAAAAAGAUGGGGUGGUGACUUGGGAGGCCAUGGUGGCGAUUCCAGUGGCUAUGGUGGAGAUCUGAGUGGCCACGGUGGUGAUCUUAGCGGUCACGGUGGUGACUUAGGAGGUGGUAAUUUAGGAGGUGGCUUCGGUCAUUCUGGCGGUGGUGACACUGGCGGUGGUUUUGGUCAUUCCGGAGGUGGUGACGCCGGUGGUGGUUUUGGUCAUUUUGGAGGUGAUCAUUUCGGUGGCGGUGACGCUGGUGGUGGCUUUGGUCAAUCCGGAGGAGCUCUCGAAGAACACCAUGAUGAACAUCACGACCAUCACGAUCACGAUCACGGUUAUUGGAAGAAAAAGCUGAUCUGGAAACCGGGAUGGAAGAAAAUUUGGAAACCAGCGAAGAAACAAAUUUGGAAGCCCGCGUGGAAGAAAAUUUGGAAGCCCGUGUGGGUACCAACGCAGAAAGCAAUAUGGAAAGAAAUUCAGGUACCAGUUUGGAAAAAGAUUUGGAAGCCUGUGUGGAAGGAGAUACAGGUUCCAGUGUGGAAAGAGAUUCAGGUACCAGCCUGGAAAAAGAUCUGGAAACCAGUUUGGAAACCUAUAAAGGUCCCAGCCUGGAAAGAAAUUCAGGUGCCCGCGUGGAAAAAAAUCUGGAAACCGGUUUGGAAGGAGAUUCAAGUACCAGUGUGGAAGGAGAUUCAGGUACCAGCCUGGAAAAAGAUCUGGAUCCCUGAAUGGGUGAAAAUCGGUAUUCCUGGUGAGCACUAUCACGGCACUGAUCAUCAUGGAUGGCAGUACACCAGCCACGAUUUGUGGAAGAAGAAACUGAUCUGGAAACCAUUAUGGAAAAAGUAUUGGAAACCAGCGAAGAAACAGAUCUGGGUACCUGACAAGAAGUUGGAGUGGGUCGAAGCUUGGAAACAGAUCUGGAAGCCAGCCAAAAAGCAGAUUUGGGUGGAUGACAAGAAGCUCGUCUGGAAGGAAGAAUGGAAACAAAUUUGGAAACCAUCCAAAAAACUCAUUUGGGUACCUGAUAAGAAGUUGGAAUGGAAAGAGGCUUGGAAACAAAUCUGGAAGACUGAUAAGAAGCUUGAAUGGGUACCUGAUAAGAAGUUAGCCUGGAAAGAAGCUUGGAAGCAGAUUUGGGUACCAGCUUGGAAAGAAAUUUGGGUUCCAGCAUGGAAGAAGAUUUGGAAGCCAGUCUGGAUAUCGGAAUGGUUCCCUGCAGAGGACCAUCAUCCUCAUCAUAAAGGUUGGGAGGACCGGAAAGAUACUCAGGCUCAAGGUUCUCAGAUAGUUCCUUACAGUCCUGAUGCUGCCUCGAAGCAGAAUGCUCAGGGUCAUCAGCAGCAAAUCGACCAGAAUAAAGUCAGAUGGGACAGAUCGUCGAAGACUGAAGCUCCGUCGAUCAGCCAAGAUCUAGUGCCGCCACCGGAGAAUCAAAGCAGCCUGGCAGCCAACUUUGCGUUCCCCAAUCACUGAUUGAGCAGUAUGCUUGUAUAAAAACCUAGAAUACUGUAACAUAAGCCGCUGUAUAUAUCUUAGUCGUAUGAUAGGUCGUAGAGAGUUAAGUUUCCGCAGGAUCAAUUGACUGACAAGGUCCUGACUCUAACGCGUUCUAUCUUUUUGUGUAUGUACAUUUCCUUCCUUUUCCCUCUUUUUUUAUACAGUGUUGUUGUUACUUUUGUUAACCGACGGCGUUACAAAUAAAGUUGAUUAAUAUUUUGUUAAAACAA